AUGGCCACCGCUGCACCACCCCAAAGUACGUUCGGGUUGCUCUUUCGCCCCUACGAAGCCAAUUACGAGGGCGUCUUCAUCUCGGGGCCGCCGAAGAUUGACACUUCGUUAUCGGAAGCGGCCCAGCUGGAGGAGCGGAAGCGGUUAUGGGAGCUAGAAGACUACGAUCUCGACAAGGUCCAGGAGAAGAAGGUGAAGGAGCUCCUUGAGCUGUAUGCGUCCAAAGCUGUCGACGACCGAUCGGUGAUCACGGCAAUGAGCGACAGGGCGCCAAACUGCAACGAGAUUGAUGCUCUCUUGAGCGGCAAUCGGUGUCGACUACUCCUCGAUAACCUGAAAAAGAAGACGGGCUUUGACAAAGAGUACAAGGCGACUCAGCUUCCCAACUGCUCACCGAUUCGCCAACAUACUCUUCACGUCCUCGGGUGUUUGAUCAACCGCUAUGGCUACAUCGACCUGAAUGGCCUGCUUGUGUUCCCCGGAUCGCUAGCCCUUCCGUUUAUCGCCCCACAGACAGUCAAUUCGCUCUUCAAAGUCGAGAAAUUCCGCAAUCUUGGCUCAGACAACACAGGCAUGUGGCACGCGAUCGACGGCACUUCAACAGGAGACCAGGGCGUUAUCCUGAGCUUGUUGAUGGACUUGGCUCGGCUCCUCUCCCCUCAGGCCUGA